UGUCAUCAGGCGGCGACCAAAAGCGUCCGAUUAUGGUUUCAACAUUUUGGCGUCUUUGUGCGCUGUAAGAACUUAUAUGUGGUGAUGGAGGAAAGCAGCCAGGCAGAGGGAGAACCCAAACCUUCAGCUCCAUCACGCACUAAGAAGCCUGACAUGGCGAUUUAUGUACCCAAGGGACGAAAGGGCGAAAACCCACCCCAAUCCAGAGAAAAGCCCCAAUCAGCAGGUGAUAAGAAACCCAAAGGCAGACCCCGCUACACCGAUAAAGCCCGGAGAUACAACUCCAAGAACAAGAAGGACAAAAGUGGAGGAGAUAAGAAGGAAACGCAGGAUGAUGGAGUUACAAACGGUGAAGAGGAACCGAGCGUGAAGGAAGGAGAUGAAACCUGGGUGGAAAAGGAACACGCCAAACAGAGGGUGUCCUCUGAGGAUGUGAGCACGACAACAGACACGACAAGCAAGUUAAAGACUGCAGGAACAGAACCGGAGCAGAACCAGGAAGAAGAGGGUGAUAACUGGGAUGCUUUAUUCACCGAUGAUGGAGAAUGUCUCAACCCACACCUUCUGGAAGAGAUCUCUCAGAAGGCGGGGCAUAACAAGGCGUCCAUUCAAGAGCCCCAGUUCAACUACUAUAACUGGACUCCGGAGGAUGACGAGGUGGAGCUGCGAGAGGACGAGUUGUCUCAUAUCGUCGAGAUCUACGACUUCCCUUUAGAGUUUAAAACGGAGGAUUUAAUCCGAGCCUUCUGCUCUUAUCAGCAGAAAGGCUUCGAUAUAAAGUGGAUCGAUGACACACAUGCCCUCGGCCUCUUCUCCAGUCCCAUAGCAGCACGAGAUGCUCUGAGGACCAAACACCCCAUGCUGAAGGUUCGUCCUCUCUCCAAAUCCUCCUCGGCUACUAAAGCCCAAGCGCGCGCCUCCUCAGAUUACCUCCUCCCAGCGAAAGAGCGUCCUCAGACGAGCGCGGCUCUCGCCCGGCGCCUAGUCAUCGGCGCCCUCGGGGUGAAGAGCGCACAGAGCCGAGAGCAGCGCGAGGCCGAGAGGACCCAGCUCCGAGAAGCCAGAGAGCAAAAACGACUGGCAGCCAAACAGCGAGACGACGCCUGGGAAGGGAGGUGAAGCUCACAGUGCAGACACACACGGGACUGUGACGCGCUCACGCUCUUGAGCUUCACUGGAUGUUGGAAUCACUGUAAUUACAAAAUGACUUUCCUCACUGACCUGUUCGUGUCAUCACACUGUUGGUUUCCAUGGUAAUGUUUGUGUGAUGUGUAAAUAAAUUGUAAGGAAUAGUGUCUCACGUUACCGUGACAUCACGCACCAUUGCGUUUGAAAGUUUGGACGAAUCACCGUCAUGACGUGAGCACAGAUUUAUCCGCUUCCUCACAGGACUGCAGGAGAGAGACGUAACUCUAGGGAACAAAACACGUCUGCAUUCACAAGUCGGUGGUGGUGUCACAGUGACAGCCUGACUCCUCCCAUAAGGGGCGUGUUGUCGGGUUAUACGUUAUGUAAAAAUGAAACCAUGUGAAUUGUCCAGGCAGCUGAAAAGGGGUUGGGGGUAGAGUGCGGUUCACGCAACAUUAUUUACAAAAGGAAGAGAAAUAAAAUUUUUUUUUUUUUAUAACACAGCUUUAAACUCAACGCCAAAUGAGACCAGUGCGCUCUGUGUGUGGAUAGAAACCCAUCUUCAACCUGUUUGACUUUUUUUUUUUUUAAUGCUUUUUAACCGAGACUGUUUGUUUCUGAUCCGUGACACUCUGCUGUAAAGACCUAACUGUGAUUUGAAUAAAAAAGUUGAAACAAAAUUAAA